CCCCCGAGCCCCGCAAUGCAGCCGCAGUGGGGCCCUGCGGGAAGCCCGUCUUGCCUGCGUGGGGGAGGAGGGUGGUGGCAUCCCCCUGGAUCUCUGCUAAUAGUCGCCGCUUUGUUUUUGUACCAGGCGCGCGUGACUAUGACUGAGGGCGACAGCCUCAUCUCUGUGGACUAUGAAGUCUUUGGGAAGGUCCAAGGAGUGUUCUUCCGCAAGUACACCCAGGCUGAGGGUAAGAAGCUGGGGCUGGUUGGCUGGGUCCAAAACACCGAAGAUGGCACUGUGCAAGGACAAAUCCAAGGUCCCAGUGUCAAGGUAUGGGAGCUGCAGGAAUGGCUCAGGAAGACAGGAAGCCCCAAAUCCCACAUCAACCGAGCAGAAUUCCGCAAUGAGAAGAAGAUUGUUGCACUGGAGUACAGGAACUUCAGCAUUGUGAAAUAACUAGACUGAAAGACAGAAAGCACUGAGGAGGGAGUUGAGCUCUCAGAAACUUCCCCACCAACCUUUACUUGUUCAGUCAGAUAGUGUCCAAAAACAGAGAGCCCUUAGUUUUAUCUUGUUACUGUUCUAAUUUGUCUGUUUGUUAUACUAUUUAACCCUGAACCUUCCUGAAUGCCAUGGGCAGGAAAACAGGCAGACUGGAGGGUGAGACUGCCUUUUAAUAAAGGGAUUGUUUGGAAACCCA